ACGAGCGUCAGCCCAGCUCUGGCCAUCCUCGUCGUAGCCAUCGUGAGCGCCUUCUUUCUACUCGCCUUCUUCUCCAUCUACCUCCGACGGUGUUCCGGCGAUAAUUCCGCAGUCGCGCCAGCCUUGCUCGCCGGAAUCGGAGGCGGGCGGUCGAGACGCGGUGUUCCGAAAGGCUUGGAUUCUUCUUUGCUGGAGAAAUUUCCGACGAUGGUGUACUCGUCGGUGAAGGCGCAGAAAUUGGGGAAAGAAUCGCUUGAAUGUGCGGUAUGUCUCUGCGAGUUUGAGGACGAUGAUGUUCUCCGUCUUCUACCCAGAUGCAGCCAUGUGUACCACCGCGAUUGCAUCGAUGUCUGGUUUGCAACCCAUGUGACUUGCCCUGUUUGCCGAACAAAUCUCGCCGCCGAAGAUCAGGAUCAGCAUCCGGAGAUGGUUGAUGUGGUGGCGAUCUCUGUUGAGGAGGUGGUGGACGGCGAGGAUCGGCAUCCGGAUCUAGAGGAUUUGGUGAGGAUUGGGAGUCUGAGGAGGGAGGCGAGAACAGGGUCGGUGAAGAGGGUUCCGAUGAGUUCGCUGUCGACAAGAGAUUGGGCCGCGGUUGUGGCUGCCGCCGGUGGUGAAAGAGGGGAGAGGUUUAGGCUGCGAUUGCCGGAGGAUAUCAGGCGGGAGAUCAUGGCGGCGGGGGUGGGAAACUUCGUCGGUCGGCGAGCUACGCGGUUUUCACCUGGAGAGGAGAGGGGAGCUCGCGAAGGGGGUACAGGGAAGGGUUUGGUCGUGGAUGGCGAAGCUUGA